AUGGCCGUGAUUCCAAUUGAAAUUAUCUCCGAUGCGAUUUGUCCCUGGUGCUUCAUUGGCUACCGCAGCCUCCAGCGAACAAUAGCGCUGUACAAGAAGACGUAUCCCGGGGGCUCGAAAGACGAGUUUCAAAUCGUGUGGAAGCCGUACUUUAUCGACCAAGUUGAACCGGAGGAGAGCGUGCUCAUCAACGACCGCAUGGCACGACGCAUGACACCAGCCCAGAUCAGCGCCGCACAGACGCGCCUGAUCCGAGUCGGAAAGUCCGUUGGGAUCGCGUUCCGAUUCGGCGGGUAUAUUGGGUCCUCGAGGCUGGCGCAUCGUGUUCUGCAUCUAGCCCUGGAGCGGGGCGGGGGCGAGAUGCAGUGCGCAGUCGCGGAGACACUAUUCAAGUACCAGUUUGAGAGGGAGGAGGACGUAAGUGACGUCGAGAUCGUGGUCCAGGCGGCAGUGGAGAGCAGUGGGCUGGACGAGUCGGAUGUGCGAGCCUUCCUGGCUGGUGGGGGAGGGGUUGAAGAGACAGAGACUGAAGCAAGGGGAAACAGGGUGCAGGGGGUGCCGCAUUUUGUGAUUGGGGGGCAGCAGCACCUGGAUGGGGCAGGGGAGAUGGAGGAGUUUUUCCAGGCGUUUGUGGCGGCGAGGGCGGGAAUGGGAAAGACAGCUGCAUAG